UCUCUGGUGGCUUGAGCAAUUUGUCCUUCUCCUUCCGUGGUCUCAACUCCUUGCGAGACGCCAUGCACAGCGUCUUCCUGUACCAUGCCAUCCCCAAGGGCUUGAACAUGUCCAUCGUGAACCCAGGAGGUUUGCCUCGCUAUGAGGACAUCGAUGCCCACAGCCGCAAGCUGUGCGAGGAGGUGAUCCUCAACAAGUCUGCAGAUGGCAAGCACGUGGAGCGCUUCCUGGAGUACGCUGAGGCUGUGCGAAAGCCUGCAGCUUCCGCUGGUGCUGGCGGAGGAGGUGCUGAGAAGGCGAAGGAUGCCUGGCGCAGCGGCACCUACACCGAGCGUUUGCACUACGGGCUCAUCAAUGGCAUCGACAAGUUCAUCGAGGGCGACACUGAAGAGGCGCGGAAGGAGCUGCGGGUGCCUUUGCAUGUCAUCGAGGGGCCACUCAUGCAAGGCAUGGGUAUCAUCGGCGAUCUUUUUGGAUCCGGAAAGAUGUUCUUGCCACAGGUUAUUAAGAGCGCCCGUGUCAUGAAGAAGGCUGUGGCCUACCUCACUCCCUUUAUGGAGGAAGAGCGCCGGGCUGCCGCCCUCGCAGCUGGUGAAGAUCCCAAUCAGCCCAAGUACAACGGAACAGUGCUUAUGGCCACGGUGAAGGGCGAUGUGCAUGACAUCGGAAAGAACAUUGUCGGCGUGGUGCUGGGCUGCAAUAACUACAAGGUGGUUGACAUGGGCGUCAUGGUGCCCUGCGACAACAUCUUGGACAAAGCCAUUCAGGAGAAGGCGGAUGUCAUCGGCCUCUCGGGGUUGAUCACUCCUUCCUUGGAUGAGAUGCAAUACGUGGCUGAACAGAUGAAAGCUCGGAACAUGAAGCUUCCGCUGAUGAUCGGCGGUGCAACGACCUCGAAGAGGCACACUGCUGUGAAGCUUGCCACCAAGUACGAUGCUGGUGUCAUCCAUGUGCUGGACGCCAGCCGCAGCUGCACCGUUGUGAGCGCUUUGUUGUCAAGUGACAAGGCAAGCUACCUGAGUGAGAUUGCAGAGGAGUACACUGAGAUCAGGGAGGAGUACUACACAACUCUCAUCGACAAGAAGUGGAAGACCAUCGAGCAGGCGCAGUCCAAGAAGCCCUCCUUGGAUUGGAGCAAGCUGCCGCCUGCCCCGAAGUUCGUUGGCAACCUUUGCAUCAAGGAUCACCCCAUCGAAGAAGUCAUGGAGUACAUUGACUGGACGCCAUUCUUCCAGGUGUACCAGUUGCGCGGCAAGUACCCCAACCGCGACUACCCCCACAUCUUCAAGGAUGCCCGCGUGGGACCUGAAGCCAAGAAGCUCUUCGAAGAGGCCAAGGAGAUGUUGGCCUGGAUCGUGAAGGAGGGGCAUUUGAAGUGCUCAGGUGUUGUUGGCAUUCAUCCGGCCAACAGCGUGGGUGAUGACAUUGAGGUCUACACCAGCGAGAAGCGUGACACCGUCAAGUGCAAGUUCUACGGUCUUCGUCAGCAACUUGACAUGGGCGAGUCGACCUACUGGUGCCAGGGUGACUUCAUCGCUCCCAAGGGUGUUGCUCCGGACUACAUCUCCGCCUUCGCGUGCACUGGUGGCAUCGGGUGCCACGAGCAGCGCCAGAAGUUCGAGGCCAAGGGUGAAAUUGAUAAGGCCAUCCUGCUGGAGGCUGUGGCGGACCGCCUGGCCGAGGCCUUCGCCGAGCUGAUCCACUUGAAGAUCCGAAAGACCCUUUGGGGCUUUUCGCCUGAUGAGAAAUUGUCCCUGGAUGACAUGCUGAAGGUGAAGUACCAGGGAAUUCGGCCUGCUCCGGGAUACCCAUCGCAGCCCGAUCACCGUGAGAAGAAGACCUUGUGGGACUUGCUGGAGGUCGACAGGCUGACCGACAACAAGAUUGAGCUCACCGAGUCCUACAUGAUGAUGCCGAGUGCCUCCGUGUCGGCGUUGGUCUUUGCUCACCCAGAGGCGAAGUACUUCUCUGUUGGGCAAGUGAACACCGAUCAGGUUAAGUCCUAUGCUGAACGCAGGGGAGAGACUGGUGUGGAGGACACGGAGCGGUGGCUGGGCAGCACCGUGCUGGGUUACGAGAAGCGAUGAGGAUAAGACUUCUUUAUCUUUGGCGAGAUGUCAAUUGCUGAAGGCAAAAGAUUUUCCACUAUACUGUAGUUUGCGCAGUUUUAGGUGGUUUGCAGAUCAGCCCACAGGAAAUCAACAGCUUAAAAGGAUAGUCACUGGAGGAAAUGAGCAUGUUGACCCAAAGACCACCAAGGGCUUGAUCGGCGAACCAAAAAAAAACUGCUGCAUUCGGCCGGUCGUACGUGCGGCAUGGUCGAGCGUGCAGCUGUUUAGCCACGGGGGAGGUGUCAGUCGAAGGCCUCUGACAGAAAUCCCCUCAGCUGGCCUAAUCUUUGGCUCCUUAUCCAGCUAGGUACCCGAUGCUGUGAAGGAGCACCGCGUGAAAAAAGA